GAGGCGGUCUGUGCAAGGGCCGGCCUGAGCAGGGGCUGCAGCUGGCCCAGAACAUUCUGCCCAUCCAUGGUGCGAUCCACUUUGUUUGGAGGCCAGCUUCCGAAAUGCACCCAGUUCUGAGUGAGAGUUCACCAGCCCUGGCCGAGGCGGGCUCGGAGACGCAGGGUGUGGUUUCCUUAGCUCACUCUCUGCUAUUUGGUUGUCUGUGGCAACGGGAUCCAAACAACUCGGACAUGUGUUUGUAUAAAAAAAACCGGGAAUGGGACCCAAAGUGGGAGUCUAGUAGAAGAGCCGCGGUCCCUCCAGCUACAAGGUGGGCACCAUGACCGAGAAGUUCGACUGCCACUACUGCAGGGACUCCCUGCAGGGCAAGAAGUACGUGCAGAAGGAUGGCCACCACUGCUGCCUGAAGUGCUUCGACAAGUUCUGCGCCAACACCUGUGUGGAGUGCCGGAAGCCCAUCGGUGCGGACUCCAAGGAGGUGCACUACAAGAACCGCUACUGGCAUGAGACCUGCUUCCGCUGUGCCAAGUGCCUUCACCCCUUGGCCAAUGAGACCUUUGUGGCCAAGGACAACAAGAUCCUGUGCAACAAGUGCACCACUCGGGAGGACUCCCCCAAGUGCAAGGGGUGCUUCAAGCCGAUCGUGGCAGGAGAUCAAAACGUGGAGUACAAGAAGACCGUCUGGCACAAAGACUGCUUCACUUGCAGCAACUGCAAGCAAGUCAUCGGGACUGGAAGCUUCUUCCCUAAAGGGGAGGACUUCUACUGCGUGACUUGCCACGAGACCAAAUUUGCCAAGCAUUGCGUGAAGUGCAACAAGGCCAUCACAUCUGGAGGAAUCACUUACCAGGAUCAGCCCUGGCAUGCCGAGUGCUUUGUGUGUGUUACCUGCUCUAAGAAGCUGGCUGGGCAGCGCUUCACCGCUGUGGAGGACCAGUACUACUGCGUGGAUUGCUACAAGAACUUUGUGGCCAAGAAGUGUGCUGGAUGCAAGAACCCCAUCACUGGGUUUGGUAAAGGCUCCAGUGUGGUGGCCUAUGAAGGACAAUCCUGGCACGACUACUGCUUCCACUGCAAAAAAUGCUCCGUGAAUCUGGCCAACAAGCGCUUUGUUUUCCACGAGGAGCAAGUGUACUGCCCCGACUGUGCCAAAAAGCUGUAAAGUGACAGGGGCUCCUGUCCUGUACAAUGGAAUUGAGUCUUGUUCUCCGCGUCCUCCCCACCCCUGGGGCCAGAGCGGCCUCUCCCCUCCGGAGCGCUCCUCCUGCCGCUGCCCCCAUUUCACGGUGUCCCUCCCCGGAGGGCGCCUGUCACCGCGCUAGUGACCGCACUAGGGUGUAGCCGCCCGCUUCGGUUCCCCCACCCCCGGUGCCGUGAGGACACCCGCACGUAGCUAGAGCCGCUCUUCUGCAUGCUUGUCCUAGCGCCGGCCAGCGCCGGCCACGUAGCUGCUUAGGGAUGCGAGCGAGACGCCACGGUGCGGGACCCCCGCUGAGCUGCGUCUCGCGACUCAGCCGGGACCCGCCACGUCCCCCCCCCCCUCCCCGGGGACCCACCGCGUCCCCGGGACCCGCGAGAGUUGCAGCGGUUGCCCACGACUUCCGUGAGCAGAAAGCGAGCUUACCGAAAUGCAUGGUUGAACUUCCGCAUCAGGAUCUCCCUUCGGUUCUUUUGUGCUUUCAAACGACUAACACGAAUUUCCAGAAAGUUAACAUUUGAACUUUAGCUGUAAGUCCCUCUAAACUGACCCCCCCCACCCCGCCCCAGUACUAACCUCCAUUUCCCCCGUGUGGCGUGUUUUCUGAACGUUCCUACUUUCAAGCGUGGAACGUGCAGGCGAUUUGCAAAGUGCAGGCCGACCCGAGAGAAGGAGCCUGUUUCACAGGAACAUUGUCACAGCAAAUCCUUCUGGAAGCUUAACAAAACUAACCCAGCUGCCCUUUCUCUGUUUUGUUUUGUUGUUUUUUUUAAUGAUUUUGUUUUAAUGAAUAGUAACAUAGUUUAUGGGUUUGGAGACUUGCAUGUCGAUAUUUUCGCCCCCUCAAACGUUCCUGCAGUUUUGAAAUUCAUCCUACAAACACUCGAGAGGGGUAGCUGAGCAGGCGCCAGGACGGCCACUGACACAAUAGGAUGUUUCCGAACAGUGACAAGUUGAAUCCCUUGUAACAUGGUAGCUGCCUGCUCUUGGUCCCUGUCGGUGAACAGGCCCGCCCAGUCCCUCCUCUUGUGACUCUUAGGACUGUCCCUCAGAGCUUAGCUGGACCUCUGGGGGAGCGGCGACCACCCUCACGGGCGGAACUGGAGCCGCACGUAGCGCUUCCCUGAGCUGCAGGCUCCCCUCCUUCCUGUACUCUCAUCGACAUUGUUAUAGGACAUAGUAUAAUGAGACAGUAUCACGAGUCAACACGUAAUGCCAGUGCAUAUGAACAUUCUCGUAGGAGUGGUUAGCAAAGCCGAUGCCUCAUUUCUACGUUUUGUCAUUCGCUAUUAUCCUCUAACGUUUCAGUGUAUCCUUACAGAAAUAAAGCAGCAUAUAAAUAA